AUUAUUUUUUUUUUUUUUUUUUUGCCAAGAAUCAAAGAUGAGAUUUUUUGCAUUAUCUGCAGUAGUAAUGGCUGUUUGCUCCGUAUGGACAGAAGCAGCCAUGACAAGAAUUCCACUCAAGAAACACCAAGAGACAUCAGCUGAGCGACUUGAGCGAUAUUCUCAUACAGGAGAAUACUUGGCACAAAAGUAUUUCAAGAGUCAAAAGAAUACGGGCCUUGAAACAUUUCAAGUAGAAGCAGAUGGUUCUGCUCGUCAUGGUGUGCCUUUAUCAAACUAUAUGAAUGCUCAAUAUUAUGGUGAAAUCCAAUUAGGUUCACCUCCUCAACCCUUUACGGUUGUGUUUGAUACAGGCUCCUCUAAUCUUUGGGUGCCUUCUAAGCAUUGUAAUUCAAUUGCUUGUUUCUUGCAUAAACGUUAUGAUUCUGGCAAAUCUAAAACAUUUGCUGAAAAUGGUACUGAAUUCAGUAUUCGAUAUGGUACAGGUUCAUUGGAGGGUUUCAUUAGUCAAGACUCUCUUACUUUAGGUGGUAUCAAGAUUGAUCACCAAGGAUUUGCUGAAUCUGUCAAAGAGCCAGGCUUUACUUUUGCCUUUGCUAAAUUUGACGGUAUCUUGGGCCUUGGGUAUGAUAACAUUGCCGUACAACACACGGUACCUCCUUUUUAUCAUAUGGUCAAUCGUGACUUGAUCGAUGAGCCGGUCUUUAGCUUCUGGUUGAAUGCAUUUGAAGAAGGCUCUGACCAAGGUGGUGAAGUUGUGUUUGGCGGUAUCGAUCCUCACCAUUAUUCUGGUGAAAUCGUUUGGUCUGAUAUCCGCCGUAAAGGAUAUUGGGAAAUCACGUUGGAAAACAUCAAGUUUGGUGAUGAAUAUGUUGAUUUGGACCCUGUAGGCGCUGCUAUUGAUACAGGUUCUUCUUUGUUGGUUGUGCCCACCACCAUUGCUGACUUGAUCAACCAUGAACUCGGGGCUGAAAAGAACUGGGCAGGUCAAUACGUGCUUGAAUGUGACCGUGUGCCUGAACUCCCCGAGUUUUGUUUGACGUUUUCUGGCAAAGACUUUUGUCUGUCAGGAGAAGAUUAUGUCUUGAACGUUCAGAACCAAUGUAUCUCUGGUUUUAUGGGCAUGGAUAUUCCUGAACCUGCUGGCCCUCUUUGGAUUGUGGGCGAUGUCUUUUUACGCAAAUUCUAUAGUGUUUAUGAUUUAGGCAAUAACCGUGUAGGUCUUGCUAAAGCCAAAUAAAUUUUAUU